AUGUCUUCUCUAACCCAAUGUUUCUUUGAGGCUAUUCCAAGUCGAAUAAUUAUUUUAAAACCAGAUUAUGAAUUUUUGAUGUGGGAACUUCCCACGGAAGAAAGAAAGCAUUUUCCAUCCCACCAAGAAGCAUUGAAUCCUUUCCAACUUUUUAGAAAACAUUACUUGGAGGCAAUGUAUAAACCUUACAGAAAUGAUGAUGCAGAAAUUAUUGAAGCCUGGUGUUGUUCCGAUAAGCAAGUUCAUGAAGUAUACGGAAAUAUUUGUUCGCAAAUGCGGUUAAGAUAUUUUAACCCAUUUGAACUCGAACAUAAGCUUUUAAAUAAGAUUAAAUUAAAUAAAUUUGAUCGUAAAAAUUAUGGAAUUGUCCGACAUAAUUUAGGAUCAGAAUAUAAAGAAGCGGCUUAUAGAAAAUUGACAGUUGGAAUUGUGGGCAAUAAACGACUAAUAAAUGUUAUUUAUCAGCUUAAAAUCACUGUAGUUUUCGCCGACGGUAAAAUGAUUUUAGGUUUAAUUGAACUUGAGGUUCCAAUUCUACCAACGAUAUUAGAUUUGAAAAUAUUGGUAGUUGUAAUCGCACUCUCCAUGUUUGAACGUUUGUGA